CGCUUCAGUAAGUAAUAACCAGCAAGUAAUAAACAACCGUCAACAAUGCCUCAGAAAAAUAAAGUGCCUGUUUUACAAGAGCUUGCACUGAUUUCAAUUGGCAAAUACAUAACACUAAUAGGUAGUAAGAUGAUAAAACCAGUCUGCGAAAUAUCGCAAAAGAAUCCAGCACGUGGCGUAAAACUUCUCCGUAGCUUAGUCCAGACUCUUAAACAAAAUUUGAGCUCAAAUGUGCCUUGGCAUCUCUACACCCCGAUGUCAACUAAAAUUCUACAGUCAAUAAUGAUCCUAUUGAACGAAACUAAAAACACAUACAACGAUUACCAGCCGGUCAAUCUCUUCUUGUCCGAAAUAAAUGUCAUUGUCUCACUGAUAGAAGUGGUGAUGCAUCAGAACCUCCGAGUAAUUGAGUUUACAAUGUGGCCUAAAAUAAUGCGACACAUGUUGUACAGCAAUUUGCACAACCUCCGUGGCCUGGAAGUACUAGAUCUCGGAUCUGGUUCCGCUGGAUGGCGGACAUCGGACAUAGAAAAGUUGAUAAUAAACGGCGUCAGCUCAAUGCCCAACUUGACAUCUCUGACACUUUGUUUUGAUUGCACCGACAACAUUAUCACAGCUCUAGGCAACAAUUGUCAGAAGCUGCGUUGUCUUGAUGUAACAUCAUCUAGAUCAGUUACAGACCGCAGUAUCCAGGCAUUACUGAAGUGCCACCAGCUGCGCGAUGUCAAAUUAUUUCGUACCUCAAUCACGAUAACAGGUUACGCUGAUUUAUUACUUGGACUCCGCUGGCUUGAGAGCAUCGGCAGGUGCGAUGAUAUCGGAGACAUUUUAGAAAUAAUUUACGAGCGUGAAAGCAACAACAAGUGUUUGUUUUUAAAAUCAUUUGAAAGCCGGAAUAUGAUGACCGGUUAUUUGUAUUUAUUGAUCACGAUCUGUCCAUUUAUAACGAGUUUGUCAAUAAUGUGCAACGACGAGAUGGACAAUUUGUCAAUUCUGUCGGUACUUGAAUGUUUGACGGAACUAAAAUUGAUGUCUUGCAAUUUUUAUGCUGACGGUCUCGGUGUUCUGCUGGAGAUGACCCAGUCUAGGAUUGAGAGCCUGCAUUUGGAACACGUUGAUGAGAUUGAUCGAACUGCGCUGGUCUGCAUCAGUCAGUACUGUCCGCGGUUGAAGAGUUUGACGUUUUAUAACUGCGACUUUAUUGACACGAUGAUGAUCAACGGGGGAAUUAGGUAUGAUAACUUGAAGGUGAGGCCUUUCAAGUGUCUGGAGAGGAUCAAGUGCGUUGCCGAUUGCGCUAAAUCACAUUUAGAGUUUUUGCUGUCUCAUUGUACCGAUAUUAGAUUCAUCCAGCUGGGCUCGUCGACGGGAAUAGACGACACGACGAUGAAGAAGGUCUUUGGGUUUAACCGGAUGAGCAAGUUGGAAGAAUUGAAGAUUUUGUACAGCAGCGAUUUGUCUAUGAGAACUGUAAGGUUGCUUAUGAAGAAUUGUGAUAACUUGAGAAGACUGUCGGAGCUGGAAAGCUGGCAUGGAAUCACGGAAGAAGAGCUGAUUAAUUUUAGAAAUGAACUCAAGAUUCAAAAUAUUAAUUGUGAUACGAGUCCUACUUUAUCUUUUGCUUAGUUGUUUUUUUGGUUUUUAAUUAUUUUACUCAAGUGCUUUUGUUGGCUUUUAAUAGUCAGACAUUUUCAGAUUUUUACACGGUCAUAAAAUGGACAUGUUUACUUUUAUUUUUAUUUUUACAAAAUAUCUAUAGAGUAGAUAUCGAAUUUUUAAAUUUUUACGAACAAAAUCUAAGUUUGACCCUUCGUCCGUCGCGCUAUGAGCGCAGCGCCGCAAUUUUUGUUAAGAGAUUAUUUAAAAAGAAAAUUAAUUUCUGAGUCUUUUAAAAUUUUAUGAGUUUUUUUACUAUACUUUUUAGUAUCGAAUGAAUGAUAAUUAUUUUUUUUCGAUAUUUUAGAUGUUCAAAAAAUAAUUUUUCUUGUUGGAAAACCUGAAAAACGCGGCGAUUUGUUACUGACGCGGGUAAACUCGGACAUUAAAUUUGUUCGAAUUUUCUACGCAGUAUUGCCAGUUACUACCAGACUCAUUUCCAGCUCCUUUAAUUCAUCUCUUUCUUUAAUAUUUUUAUUUAAUACAAAAUUUGGAUUUUUGUAAACAAAUUCUAAAAAAAUCUUAAUACCGCCUGACUCUGCGGGCCAGCCCCAAAACUUCCCGCUGUUUUCGAGCUUAAGAGAGCUAGACAACAUUAUUACUUGUAAAUUUUUGAGCUCUUCGAAGUCAAAAAACUGUUAGACCGACAAAACACACAUUUCACUGAAAAAAAAUGAUUUUUCUCCAACGAUAUCUUUGGAACGAAUGAACCGAUUCAAACUUUCUUGGUGGCAAUCGAAAAAGCUUGCCAAUACUUAAAACUGAUUACAUUUUGGCGCGAAUCAAGUAAGUGAAUUAUGAGUUAUACGCAAAAAACCUAAAAAAAAAAAAAUUGUAAAUUACAUGACCAAUCGACUCCAAAAUCUAAUCGAUUUCAAGUGUUGGUGAGUCCUUUCGAUUGCCACCAAGAAUGUUCAAAUCGGUUGAUUCGUUCCAAAGAUAUCGUCGGACAAAAAAAGUUUACACACACACAUGCACGGAGAGAAAUUUAUGGUAACAAUUACAAUAUAUUAUGGGAAUGGUUCCCGUAACGCAUGGUAACCGGUUUUUUUGAAAUGUCGAUUAUAGGAACGGCACCCAUAUAUAUUAUGAUAAUCAUUGCUAUAAUAUUAUAGUAAUCGUUACCAUAACAUUAUGGUAAUCAUUACCGUAAUUUUGUAGUAACCAUUACCAUAUAUAUGGUAACCAUUACUAAAUAUUAUAGUAACUAUUACUAGAAUAUUAUAGUAAUCAUCACCAUAACAUUAUGGUAACCAUUACUAUAAUCAUAUGGUAAUAAUUUCCAUACAUUAUGGGAAUGAUUACCAUAAUAUAUGGGAAUAGUUACCAUAAUAUAUAGGGUUUACUCCCAUAUGAACAUAGGAACCGUUACAAUAUGGUUAUAGGAUUGGUUCCUAUUUGCUUCUGAGAACUAUUCCUAUGAGUAUGGUAGUCAUUACCAUAAUUCUUUCACAUGCGAUAUGGGAACUGUUACCAUAAUGAAGGGGAUGAUUCCCAUACUUAUGGGAACUUUUCCCAGAAAGUAUGGACCUAUAUCCCAUAAUUCCAAGUAAUUAUUACCAUAAUAGUAUGAGAUGAUAUUUCAUAAACGUACUGGGAACGGUUACCAUAAAUUUCUUUCCGUGAACACGCGAAAGUCUAUCCGGAAAUAGAAUAGCUUCCUAGGACCUCAAAACGUCGACAUCUGAUAGAAACUCGAUUUUCGAAAAUCAGACCGAAUCCAAUAACUUCCCUUUUUUUGAAAAUUUUCAAUUUUCAUAGCGGGAAGUUAAAAAAAUUACAAUUGUCUAGUCGUAAAAGCUUGUGUGGUUUUAAUUUUGAAAAAUCACCGCAAUAUUAAAUACAUGGCGGCAAAUCUCCGCGGUGUGACGAACGGAGGGAAAAAUUUCUACUGUUACAAAAAUUUAAAAUUCAAAUUGUCUAUUUUUUGGCGCGUAAAAAUCUAAAGAAUCAAACAUUCGAAUUCAAAGAGAAAACCCGUGCUAUAUUUAAAUAUUUUAAUUAAGUUAAUUUUAAUUGUCGAUAAUUAAAAAAAACGGAUUGUUUAAUUUAAAAUUUUAUUUAUUUAUGUUACUGUAAGUGAUUAUAUUUUAAUUAUAAAUAAUAAAUUAAUAAUAGGUGCCAUGACAAAUUCCAAUGAUGUGUAAUAGGUAAUUAGUUAAUAAUUAAGCAACUGAAUAAAGUGACUUAUAUUUUUGUAUUACCGAUGGAUUUUUUAUUGUAAAAAUAUGGACUGUGAUUUUUUUUAACGGCUCAAAACUUCCAUUUUUAAUACAUACGUAUUUAAAUAUAUGGCUUAUUUAUACUAUUU